AUGGAAUGCAAUUUCAGGAGAAAGCACAUAUUCCUAGGCCUGGAUUUUGGAACCACCCGUUCCGGGGCCUUUGCCGUCCAUGCAUGGGUUUGUCAGGAACAUAGAUGCUUUCGAGUUAUCGAAGAGGCUCCGGUCAACAAGUUCCCGACAAAGUUUAUUCAUUCUCCCGAGAAUAGAAUCGAACUUGUGGGCCCAGACCAGGAUGUUCCGGAUAAACACGUGGUGAAGAAUGCAAAACUGGAGAUUCUGCUGUCCGACCCAGGUUGGUUCGAGGAAACAGGAGACUUCCGUGAGAUCCAGUCAUGGGUCAAGAACGGUUGGCAAGGAGCCGGCGAUGCUGGCUUCGCGGCUGAGUAUUUCGGAAUCGCAAUCAAGAAGCUCUACGAGCUAGCCUUGGCGGCCAUUGACAAGUCUGAUGCUCCCAAGGAAUCCAUCACUACGGUGGUGACAUUUCCCAACCUGAGAGACAAGGCUAAGGACACGUUGAAGAUAGGACUGGCUUACUCGAAUAUCUUAUCUCGCUGCCGGGACGUACAUGUUGGUGUAGAGUCCCAAGCUGCAUUGGCAGGUCUGCUCCAUAGAUGCCCUGAGGUUGCUCAGAUGGCUCUCGCGGAACGCGAGUCGGUAAUUGUCGCCGACUGCGGCGGUAUAACAUUGGACAUGGCAGCGUUCAGGCACUUCGACCCGGCAUGCGGAGGCACGCCGACAACUGGCUCCAUCUCGGUUCUCGGAGGUGGUCUUUGGAUAGACCGCAAUUUCGAGAGGUUGGUUGAUAGAAAAUUGAGUGAGCUCAUGGCUCAGAUAUCAGAGCCCGACCAUGAGCAUGCUAAAGGGGUCAAAUCCUCUUUGAUGAUCCAGUGGCACUCCUUUAUAAAAGAACGACCUCUUCACCCUCAGCGUGUUUUCCUGACCGGCGGCUUGGGUUGCUCCAAGUCUGUCCGGGAAUUGGUCCAAAGAAUAUUGGACACCAAGGUCGAGGGCAACGAACCGAGAAUGCGAGUACAGGACACUGAGGACACCUUCGGAUUGUGGAACGCCGUCGCAAUGGGAGGGGCGCAUUACUUCGACCCGACCAUCUCGGUAGCUUGCUCCUCGUGGAAGCCAUUUCCCUAA